UUGAUUUACUUUCAGGCUCAAGAUUUCGCUGCACUGUUGGGUCCUCUACUAGGAGGUGGUGGUGGCGGCGGCGGAGGAAUAGGGAGUAUUCUAUCUGGACUCGGCGGUGGUGGAGGUGGUGGCAAAGGACCUGAUAUUGGCAGCUUAUUACAGUUAGGAGCAGGACUAUUGAAUAGAAAUGGUGGAGGAGGUGGGUCACCGUUUCCGAUGCCAGCACCAGCUCCAGCACCAGGUCCUGGACCUUCGAUUGGAGGACCAAGUAACAUCGCAGUGCCUGACUACACGGACUACGGAGAAAAUGUGAGCGAAAAAACCGAAAUAACCGAAAAACCAAAGGAGGAUAAAACCAAGUAA